UACGUUACUUUUGAGAUGUAUUAGGAGUUAGGAACGAGAUGCAGAAGAAACGGAAAUGACCAAAUAAUAAUAAUAUUUUAUUAUAUAUUAUGAUAGCGUGCAUCGCGGAGGUGGUGCGAAGGAAAAAGCGCGUAAAAGUAAAACGAGGGAAGAGAAGGGUUUGUUUGAGUUUGAUUCUCAGAGCUGCACACGAUCCCCACAAUCCAAGCCAUUUAAUUUCGCAACCUAUCCCUUCUUUUUCUUUUAUAACUGAAAAUAUAAUUUCCAAUUUAUCAAACCCGAAAUUCCCUCCUCUCUCCCUCUCUCUCUCUCUCUCUCUCUCUCUGUGUGUGUGUGUGUGUAACAUAGCACAACGCUAACGUGGAAUAGUUUAAAGAUAGAUAAUUGGAGAGUGAGUUGGUGAGAUAUGGCUGGUUACCGAGCUGAUGAUGAGUACGAUUACCUGUUCAAAUUGGUUCUGAUUGGUGAUUCUGGUGUGGGCAAGUCCAACUUGCUCUCUCGAUUCACCAGAAACGAGUUCAAUUUGGAGUCCAAGUCUACUAUUGGGGUUGAGUUCGCUACCAAGAGUUUGAACAUCGACUCCAAGGUCAUCAAGGCUCAGAUUUGGGACACCGCUGGCCAGGAAAGGUACCGUGCCAUUACUAGUGCUUACUAUCGCGGAGCUGUUGGUGCCUUACUUGUAUAUGAUGUCACACGCCGUGCUACAUUUGAGAAUGCUGCAAGGUGGUUGAAAGAGUUGAGAGAUCACACAGACCCCAACAUUGUGGUCAUGCUUAUUGGAAAUAAGUCAGAUCUUCGGCACCUUGUUGCUGUCCCAACAGAAGAUGGAAAAUCUUUUGCAGAGAGGGAGUCUCUUUACUUCAUGGAGACUUCUGCCUUAGAAGCAACCAAUGUUGAAAAUGCAUUUACUGAGGUUCUUAGUCAGAUAUACCGCAUAGUGAGCAAGAGAGCAGUUGAGGCUGGCGACAAUGGCAGUUCUUCUGCUGUCCCAUCUAAAGGACAGACAAUAAACGUAAGAGAGGAUUCUUCAGUUUUGAAGAAAAUUGGAUGCUGCUCAAAUUAGAUGAUUCAUCAAUGGCGUUUGGUUUUUAUAGCCUGUUUUAUCUUUGUAUAUGCCUACAUGUGAAUCAUGAUAUCAUCUUGUAGAAUAAGGUUAGUCUUGCAUAUUGUUUUGGACUACGUUUACUCUUUAAAACCAUCAUCUAUACGCAGGAUUUAUGUUUCGUAUAACAGUCAUUCUAAAAACGUGUUUGAAACAAAUAGACCUACACCAAAGUUCAUAUAGGUCAAAGUUUAUUUGCAGGAUUUGAUAUUUGCCAUGCUUCAAUUCUGGUGCCGCUAGUAACAGCUUGACUGUGUUUUAGAAAUUAAAUUUCGAAGCCCUUGUGUUUAUAUACCGUAUGUACUUGGCCAU